CUAGUGCGCGCAUGUCGGGGCGGACACGUGACCGUGCAGCCGCCUUCGGCGGGAAUCACGGCCUGCCGCGUCUGCAGUUGCGGCGCGAGGCGAGGACACAGCGGGUGGCGUCCGCGCGCGAGCCGCCCUCGGCCACGGGGGGGAGGGGCGGGGAGAGGAAGGCUCGCGGCGGUUAAAAAGCGGCGGCGCACGCGCACGGGUAGGCCGUCCACCCUUCCCCCUAGGCGGAACUGUAGUUCGCAGACUCCCUCCCCACCCCCCAUCUCCUGCCUGUUGCUAGGCAGACUUCGCACCUGGCCGAUCCCUGUGGGGCAGGCUUUUGAGGGGUGGGGGCUACGGUUGCUCCUCACUGAGCACUAGGGAGGGGGCAGGCUGCUCUAGGGCCGAGUUUACCCCCUCCCCCACCCUAUUUUGGGCUGUUAGUGGGAUGGGCUGAACUUAUUCCUUCCCCUGCUUGGUGUUAUUGUCUUUUGGAGGUUCUGACCCCCCCUCCAUUUUUUGUGGGGGUGGGAUCCAUUAUCAUCGGGCCGGGCCCUUCCCCCCUCUACUUGACAGCAUCAUUGGUUUCUAGUUUGAAGUCAUGUCAGGAUCAACUCCAAAACAGACCUCCAGCCCGCAGACAGUUGCUGGUGUUCCGGAGCCUGCUCCUGCUGGACCUGAAGGCCCAACUGACAGCUCCUUUGGUGAGCAAAACCUUAGCUUCACCACCACAGACCUCAACCUGGUGGAAAUGACGGAAAUAGAGUACACCCAGCUUCAGCACAUACUCUAUUCACACAUGGAGGCACAAGCAAACGAAGGCGAAAUGGAAGCUAGGCUCAAUUCUGCUUUCUUCUCAGCUAGUAAUCCUGCAGAUCAACCUCAGCAGCAGUCCUCAGUGAACACCAAUCAAACUGGCUAUUCAUCGUACUCUGGGAACCAGUCAGUUUACCCAGUUAUCUGUCAGUCAGGUCUGUCUUCUGACAGCAAUUUAAUGGUUUCAAACCAAUGUCUGGGGCACAUUGACUUUCAAGAGCUCAGAAUGAUGCUACUUAGUGAAUCUAAUCUCCCUUCUAAUGAAGUAGAUAAAACACCUAAUAGUAACUCUGUAGAAGUCACAGGGCACAGUUUAGUAAGAGUUAAACAUGGUGAAAAUUUUGGUGGGACAAAUAAAGAAACUGUACUUGUUGAAAAUUCAGCACCAGCUCCUGAGCCUAGAUCUAAAUCUGCAGUUCGUGUUCGUUUGGAAGACAGAUUCAACAGCAUCCAGACAGAAAAUCCCCGAUGUCAAGAGCCCCAAGAAUCUGGAGUGACUCUUAACAAUUUAGUAACACUAAUUCGUCAACCAGCAGAACUAAUGGGUAUGCCUCUUCACCAGCAGCAGAAUAAAUGUACUACAUUAGUGAAAAAUAAGACUGCUGCUGCAGCUACUGCUUUACAGUUCACAUAUCCAUUAUUUACGAUGAAUGCCUGUUCUGCUUCUGGAAGUGCUAACACUUCACAAACACAGAACUCUGGCACAUCAUGUACUAUUCUGGAAGCUGCCAAACAUCAAGACCUUGGAUUACCUAGAGCAUUCUCUUUCUGUUAUCAUCAGGAAAUUGAAUCCACUAAACAAACAGUAGGCACUAGGAAUAAAGCUUUACCUGAACAAGUUUGGAUUAAAGUAGGAGAAGAAGCUUUAUGUAAACAAGCAAUAAACAAAAGAAGUCGCGGCAGAAUACGCCAGUUGGAUGCAAAUGUAGACCGCAAACCUCUUAGUGAAAUUCAAAAUAUAUGUGAUAGCCAAAAUACUGCAUCUGCACAAGGUACUUGGCAGUCAACACAGGUAAAUUCAAGUAUGCAGGCACAGAUUGGAACUCAGGGAGGAAUCUCUCAGCGCAGGGAGAGGCAUAACCGCAUGGAAAGAGACAGAAGGCGCAGAAUCCGGAUUUGUUGUGAUGAAUUGAAUCUUCUGGUUCCGUUCUGCACUGCUGAUACUGAUAAGGCAACAACAUUACAGUGGACAACAGCAUUCUUGAAAUAUAUUCAGGAAAGGCACGGGGAUUCCCUGAAAAAGGAAUUUGAGACUGUGUUCUGUGGUAAAACAGGCAGGAGACUAAAACUAACAAGAGCCGACUCAUUAGUAACAUGUCCAAUGCAGGAAAACAUACAGAAUAGCACACCAAUGGAGAUCAAGUAAUUUGAACUAAAUACCCAGCGUUUUAUGGAAAGUACUGAUACCUAAUGAUGCUCCAUAGCAAUUAUUUUAUGUCCACAUACUGGACUUCAUCUCCUGUGACUACUUUGAAAUUGAAGGAUCCAAGAGUGACUUGCAAAAUAUAAUUUGUAAAAAUACAUAAAUAGAAUCGUAAAGAAAACAUUCUUUAUUCAAAAUGAAAAGAUAAAUGAAUUACCAACAAUAUUAAUUGAUCAGUGUCCUCUUAGAGAGCUUUGGGACCAGAGGCAACAAGAAAAUGUCAUGACAGCCACUAAAUAUCUCCCCCCCCCCCCCCCAACUCGCAAUAGCUACCAAAAUCCAUUUUAACUUGAUAUAAUAUAGUUAGAAAUUGUUAUAGACAGUCAACCUGUCCUAUUGUAUUUAGUCAGUCAUGAAUGUACAUUCCUAUUAAAUGUAAAAUAAAUAAAUAAAUAAAGAUGCCAUUAUAGUGCCCAUUUCGCAAUUGGAACAGUGAGAAAAUUAAAUUGGUUAGUGCUUGUAUAAUAAGUACACAUCUUACAAACAAUAUUAUAUGCAUUGGAAUUCAGAUUUGAAGUUCAUAUUGAACCGUACAUCCCCAUAGGACUAAAGAAUCAUACAAUGCUGUUGGCAUUGCUUUUAAAAUACAGUAGUAUUUUAAAUACUUUUUGCACAAACUGUCCAACAAUUUUCCUGUAUUGUUGCUUUAGUCCAAAAGUGGUAUAUUGUAAACAGUGAAUUAU